GGAUGACUGAGGUUCUAGGAAUGAGUAUUCCUGGAAAGCAAUCCCAAGCAAGAAUGAUAUUUUGUAUUUAUGUUGCACUUACUCUGAAGAUCAUGCUCCCUGACAGGAAAGAGCCUAAAGACACAGGUUUUAGUAUAGGAGAAAUGGUGUAUUCGAUGUGUAAAUAGCAUGAUCUGACGUUCGAGCAACAUAGAAUAGAUCAUAUUUAUUGCUAGCAACAAACAAACCAAUUGAUGUACAGCUUUGAGAUUGAAAAGUAAGUAUCAUUUUCAGUUGAGUCCUGUAGCUAGGAUAUUUAAUAAUGUAAUUAUCCGUGAACUCAGCUUGGAUAAAAUUAAAGCCAAAACAAGUAAUUCACAAUGAAUUACGAAAAUGAUCGUUUAUCUAAGUUCUCUAAAAUUAAAAUAUUAGACAUUACUAUAAAAUUGCCAUAUUCAAUUAUUAUUGCAAUAUGAUCACUUUGAGAAACAAAAACAGGUUUAUUUAUAAAAGAGGAAUGUACUAUCACAUGAUGCGCCAAAAGGAUGGCAUGAAUCAUAUAUUUAUAAAGUCAGAAGGAAGUUAAUUUUACUAUUUCCUUUUUCUUAUAAUUAUUUUUUGAUUUUUAAAUCAAAAUUAAAUUAAUAUUAUAAAAUAAUAUUAAAUAAGAGUCGUUAAUUUAAUUUUGAUUUAAUGAUAACGAAUUAAUUAUAAGAGAUAAUAAGGGGGGAAAUUGUAAAUAUGAUUUGUUAUAUAUAUAAAGUGUUCAUUUUUUUAUCGUCAAUCUAGAUAAAUUAUCUAUAUUGAGUCCAAAAUGACGUCAUUUUGAGGUGGAAUUCAAGGGUUUUUUUUGUUGUAAAUAUAGUUUAUUUCAGGAUUAUAAUAAUCUUUCUCAUUUUAAUUUUUUAAUUUUUCAACCCAAAACAACGUCGUUUGGGAGUGAAUGUAUUAAUAUCAUCCACUUGGAGAAGCUUUAAUUAAAAUAAGUUGUUCUUUAAGCUUUACUCAUUUAACAAAUAGCUCGUGAUUUUUGUUUUUGUAAUUUAGCUUGGUAAAUUUUCGAUAUAUGAUAAACGGCUCUUUUGGUUUCAAUUUUAAUAAUUAAUUCGCUUAAACUUUCAAUACAUGAAAAAUAAGUGACAUAGUAGUUAAUUGUUAAAAUUGAAAGUUUAAGUAGUUUAACUGCUAAAAUUGAAGUCACUUAGGAGUUAGGACUAUUUGUCAAAAGAUCAUAGUUUAAGCUAAUUUCAAUUCCAACAUUUUUUUACUAAAGCAAUAUAUAAUUUUUAAAAUUGAGCUAUUUUCUGCGAGGAGUUGCUGGUUAAAGAUGUACCCUGCGCAACUGUCAACUGAAGCCUUUCUUACACUUCCCGCAAUAAAUUGAAGUAUUGUUCCCUUCACCAAAAACAACAGACGUUGCUGAUCAUCUCUCUCUGUCUCUGCUGAUGACUUUGUGUGCCACUGAAAUUAUGACACCAACCCCCCAACCUUCAAAAAACAACCCACCACCACCACCACCACCCUGCACACCCUUUUCACCCUUAAUACUAUUACAAAAUUGCUUUCUCCAUCCUCCCAAUGGGUUUAUGCUCUUUCAUAUAAAACCCAUAUGAACAUAGAUUGAGAAGCAAAGGGUCAGAGAGAUAUACUGACAUUUUGGCCCUUGGAUAGAAGGUGGUGCAAAACCAAAAAUGAUGCACUCUGGUGUUCCCCUCUGCAACACAUGUGGGGAACAAGUGGGCCUUAAUGAUAAUGGGGAGGUGUUUGUGGCUUGUCUCCAGUGCAAUUUCCCAAUUUGCAAGGCUUGUUUUGAGCAUGAAAUCAAUGAGGACCAUAGGGUCUGCUUGAGAUGUGGCUCUCCCUAUGAAGAGAGAACAAAGGAUGAAGAUGAUGAUGAUAUGAAGGUUCACGAAAAUCAAUCCACACUGGCUUCCCAGCUCAGUAACUCUCAGGAUGUUGGACUCCAUGCUAGACAUGUCAGUACAGUGUCCACAGUUGAUAGUGAAUUAAAUGAUGAAUCUGGGAAUCCAAUCUGGAAAAAUAGAGUGGAAAGCUGGAAGGGGAAGGAUAAAAAGAACAAGAAGAAAAAGGCUGAACCUAAGGCUGAAAAUGAGGCCUCAAUUCCACCCGAGCAGCAGAUGGAAGAAAUACAGCCCACAGAGGCUCAGGCUGCUGCUGAGCCACUUUCAGUAAUUGUUCCAAUAUCAAAAACCAAACUUGCACCAUACAGAACUGUGAUAAUCAUCCGACUGAUAAUCUUGGGUUUUUUCUUCCAUUAUCGAGUUACAAAUCCAGUUGAUAGUGCUUUUGGUCUGUGGUUGACUUCUAUCAUCUGUGAGAUCUGGUUUGCAUUUUCCUGGGUGUUAGAUCAGUUCCCCAAAUGGUGUCCCGUCAAUAGGCAAACUUUUAUUGAGAACCUGUCCGCAAGGUUUGAAAGAGAGGGUGAACCCUCUGGGCUUGCUGCUGUUGAUUUCUUUGUCAGUACAGUUGAUCCUUUGAAAGAACCACCAUUGAUCACAGCGAAUACAGUGCUUUCUAUCCUUGCGGUUGACUACCCAGUGGAUAAAGUAUCCUGUUAUGUGUCAGAUGAUGGAGCUGCAAUGCUCACAUUUGAAUCUCUUGUGGAGACAGCUGACUUUGCAAGGAAGUGGGUGCCGUUUUGCAAAAAGUAUUCAAUUGAACCAAGAGCACCUGAGUUUUACUUCUCUCAGAAGAUUGACUACCUGAAGGACAAAGUGCAACCUUCUUUUGUGAAGGAACGUAGAGCAAUGAAGAGAGACUAUGAAGAGUAUAAAGUACGAGUUAAUGCCUUGGUGUCUAAGGCUCAGAAAACUCCUGAAGAAGGAUGGAGUAUGCAAGAUGGAACACCUUGGCCAGGAAAUAACUCACGUGAUCACCCAGGCAUGAUUCAGGUUUUCCUCGGACACACCGGUGCCCGUGACAUAGAGGGAAAUGAACUUCCAAGGCUGGUUUAUGUUUCCAGAGAGAAAAGACCAGGUUACCAACAUCACAAGAAAGCUGGUGCUGAAAAUGCGCUGGUGAGGGUGUCAGCAGUUCUCACAAAUGCCCCUUUCAUUCUCAAUCUUGACUGUGAUCAUUAUGUUAACAACAGCAAGGCUGUUCGUGAAGCAAUGUGUUUUCUCAUGGAUCCACAAGUUGGUAGAGAUGUGUGUUAUGUGCAGUUCCCCCAAAGAUUUGAUGGUAUUGAUCGUAGUGAUCGAUAUGCCAAUCGUAACACAGUUUUCUUUGAUGUUAACAUGAAAGGACUUGAUGGCAUUCAAGGACCUGUAUAUGUGGGGACUGGAUGUGUUUUCAAUCGACAAGCACUUUAUGGCUAUAGCCCACCUUCUAUGCCCAAUUUACCAAGAUCUUCAUCAUGCUGUUGCUGCCCCUCAAAGAAGUCCACCAAAGAUGUCUCGCAGGUUUAUAGAGAUGCAAAGAGGGAAGAACUUGAUGCAGCCAUUUAUAAUCUAAGGGAGAUUGACAAUUACGAUGAGCAUGAGAGGUCAAUGUUGAUUUCACAAAUGAGCUUUGAAAAAACUUUUGGCUUGUCUACUGUUUUCAUUGAAUCUACACUACUGGAGAACGGAGGGGCGCCUGAAUCUGCAGAUCCCUCGAUGCUGAUCAAGGAGGCCAUUCAUGUAAUUAGCUGUGGAUAUGAAGAGAAGACUGAUUGGGGAAAAGAGAUUGGUUGGAUUUAUGGUUCAGUCACUGAGGAUAUCUUAACCGGUUUCAAGAUGCAGUGCCGAGGAUGGAGGUCAAUUUACUGCAUGCCCUUGAGGCCUGCAUUCAAAGGGUCAGCACCUAUCAACCUGUCUGAUAGGUUGCACCAAGUCCUUCGAUGGGCACUUGGAUCAGUUGAAAUUUUCCUAAGUAGACACUGCCCCCUCUGGUAUGGAUUCGCAGGAGGCCGUCUCAAAUGGUUGCAGAGAAUGGCUUAUAUAAACACCAUUGUCUACCCAUUUACAUCCCUUCCUCUUGUUGCUUAUUGUACUUUGCCAGCAAUUUGCCUUCUCACAGGAAAAUUUAUCAUUCCAACGCUUUCCAACCUUGCAAGUGUUCUCUUUCUUGGACUUUUCCUCUCCAUCAUAGUGACCAGUGUGCUUGAGCUGCGUUGGAGUGGUGUUAGCAUUGAAGAUUUGUGGCGUAAUGAGCAGUUCUGGGUGAUUGGAGGUGUUUCAGCCCAUCUAUUUGCUGUCUUCCAAGGAUUUCUUAAGAUGUUGGCUGGUGUUGAUACCAACUUUACUGUCACUGCCAAGGCUGCUGAGGACAGCGAGUUUGGUGAACUUUAUAUUAUCAAGUGGACCACUCUCUUGAUUCCUCCAACAACACUUAUCAUAGUUAACAUUGUUGGUGUUGUUGCUGGAUUUUCUGAUGCACUUAAUGGAGGAUAUGAGUCUUGGGGACCACUCUUUGGUAAGGUGUUCUUUGCCUUCUGGGUGAUUUUUCAUCUCUAUCCAUUCCUCAAGGGUCUCAUGGGACGCCAAAACCGCACCCCAACCAUUGUUGUUCUGUGGUCAGUGUUGCUGGCCUCUAUCUUCUCUCUUAUUUGGGUCAAAAUAAACCCAUUUGUGAGCAAAGUAGACAGUUCAACCCUCUCUGCGACCUGCGUUUCUAUAGAUUGUUAAGUCACUACAAGCAUGCUUACCAAGCCUUUUUGAAAAUAUGUAAAAAAGAUAGAUAUAUGGGAUAAUGAUUUGAUCCGCAACUUGUGCAAGCCAUAAGAUUAGUUCUUCGUUGAACUGUGCACCCAUUUUGUACUAAGAUUGGAAAAAAUCUGUAAGCUUUGGAAAAAUUUCCUGUUUACUAAAGGGAUAAAGCAUUGGCAUAAUUA